AUGCGUAUUUCCAUCGCAGCAGUCUUCGCAGCAGCAUUCUGCGCAACCACAGUGGUAGCGUCCGAAUUGGACCAGCUAGCGAAAGUCUUACCUUCAUGCGCGCUGAAAUGUAUGGUGGCUUCGGUGCCACAAUCAUCCUGCGCGCCCACGGAUCAGAAGUGUCUUUGUCUUGAUACCCACUAUACUGUCACACUCGAAGAAUGCGUACUGACCAGCUGCACAAUCCGAGAGUCUCUGACUACAAAAAAUGUUACAACAUCAUUGUGCGGAGCUCCGGUUAGAGAUCGAACGAAGGUUGUGUCAGCCGCAGGACUUGCAGGUGGAAUAAUCGCUCUGAUUGCCUUCAUUCUUCGGAUGGUGGCAAGAUUAAGAUGCUGUGGUGGAGUCUUUGGAAUGGAUGAUCUGACAAUGAUGGUCACAAUGUGCCUUCUGAUCCCUCUCUCCGCCCUUUCGGUCGUUUUGGCGGACACCGGUCUGGGCAAGGACAUGUGGACACUCCCUUUUGACAAUAUCACCCACGUUCUUUAUAUCUAUUUCUGGGAUGAAUUAAUAUACCUGAGCAUUCUGCCACUAACGAAGAUAUCCAUCUGCUGCUUCUAUCUGCGCAUCUUUCCUGACCGAACAUUCCGCAAUGCAACUUAUGUUGUAAUUGCCCUUAAUGUCGGAUACUUGAUUGCAUUUGUUCUGAUAUCAAUUUUCCAGUGUCGACCACUGCCUGGUGCGUGGCUUCGCUGGGAUGGAGAAGAGAGCUUCCAAUGCAAUCAUAUCAACGCACAAGGCUGGGCAGCAGCGGUGAUCAACAUGGUACUCGAUCUCAUUGUUAUGAUCCUUCCACUGCGACAACUUUAUCAUCUCAAUCUCUCUUUUAAAAAGAAAUCCUACGUGAUUUGCAUGUUCAGUCUUGGUGUUUUCGUAACCCUCGUCAGCAUCCUGCGAUUAAACUCCUUAAUCCACUUUGCUAGCACUACUAACUUGACGUGUGAGUACCAUGAUUCCAUUUGGACUAGUUUAAACAGCUUCGUUGACAUCUAUACAGGGGACUAUGUUAGCAUUGGCUACUGGAGCACGAUUGAAUGCGAUGUUGGCGUCAUCUGUGCAUGCCUGCCGGCAAUUCGCUCUUUGCUACGCCGUGUGGCCCCUGGACUCUUUGGUGAUACCACCCACGCCAAUUCUUAUGCCGUGAACUCUCAUUCUCGCGGCACUGGCUCUAGGUUUGACGGGGUAAAUGUUCAGAGCAAAAACGACCAACGUGAUUUCUAUCCUCUCGACGACAUGGACAACACAAGUGAAUCUCGGUUGCAUCACCCAGUGUAG